GACCCGGCGGGCUCCGCUCGGCUCCGCUGCGCUCCGCGCUGUCCUGCGCCACCGCUCCGCUCCGCUCCGCCCGCCGCGGACAUGAGCGCCGGCCCGAGGCGGCGGCCGCUGCUGCUGCUGCUCCUCCUGCCCGUCUGGGGCUCGGCGGCGGCACACAAUGGGGAUCUUACAGUUAGACCCACAUGCAAGCCUGGCUUCUCAGAACAAGACUACACAGCUUUCAUCUCCCAGAAUAUCAUGGAAGGGCAGAAGUUACUCAAAGUAAAAUUUAAUAACUGUGCCGGUAACAAGGGCGUGCGGUACGAAACCAACAGCCUGGACUUCAAGGUGAGGGCGGACGGGACCCUGUACGCUGCCCACCACCUGCAGGUGCCCUCCAAGCAGCUGAUCCUGGUGGUGACCGCCUGGGACCCCCAGACCCUGGGCAGAUGGGAGGCCAUGGUCAGGUUCCUGGUGGCAGAGAAGUCCCAGCACAACGGACACAAGCCCAAAGGAAGGAAGGCACUGCCUGGAGAGCUGGUGCAGCAGCAGAGUGACACCCUGCUGCCGUGGCGGCAGCACCAGAGUGCCAACGGGCUGCGGCGGCAGAAGCGGGACUGGGUCAUCCCACCCAUCAACGUGCCAGAGAACUCCAGAGGGCCCUUCCCGCAGCAGCUGGUCCGGAUCCGUUCCGAUAAGGACAAGGAGAUCCAUAUCAGAUACAGCAUCACUGGAGUGGGAGCCGACCAGCCGCCCAUGGAGGUCUUCAACAUUGACCCUGUGUCUGGCAGGAUGUACGUGACACGCCCGAUGGACAGGGAGGAAAGAGCUUCCUACCACCUCCGGGCUCAUGCGGUGGAUAUGAAUGGAAACAAGGUGGAGAAUCCUAUUGACCUUUACAUCUAUGUGAUUGAUAUGAAUGACAACAGGCCGGAGUUCAUCAACCAAGUCUAUAAUGGAUCUGUUGAUGAAGGCUCUAAACCAGGGACCUACGUGAUGACGGUGACGGCGAACGACGCGGACGACGGCACCACGGCCAACGGGAUGGUGAGGUACCGGAUCGUCACCCAGACCCCACAGAGCCCCUCACAAAACAUGUUCACCAUCAACAGCGAGACAGGGGACAUCGUCACCGUGGCUGCUGGGCUCGACAGGGAGAAAGUUCAGCAGUACAUAGUCAUUGUUCAAGCAACAGAUAUGGAAGGAAAUCUUAACUAUGGUCUCUCAAACACGGCCACAGCGAUCAUUACAGUGACAGAUGUGAAUGACAACCCCCCUGAAUUCACUACCAGCACUUAUUCAGGAGAAGUGCCUGAGAACAGAGUGGAGGUUGUGGUGGCAAACCUGACGGUGAUGGACCGGGACCAGCCCCACUCUCCCAACUGGAACGCCAUCUACCGCAUCAUCAGCGGGGACCCCUCGGGCCACUUCACCAUCCGGACAGACCCCGUCACCAACGAGGGCAUGGUCACCGUGGUGAAGGCAGUUGAUUACGAGAUGAACAGAGCUUUCAUGCUGACAGUGAUGGUAUCAAACCAAGCUCCCCUGGCCAGUGGCAUCCAGAUGUCCUUCCAGUCGACAGCAGGAGUCACCAUUUCAGUCACAGAUGUCAACGAAGCACCGUAUUUCCCAACGAACCACAAGCUGAUCAGGCUGGAGGAAGGGGUGCCGACGGGGACGGUCCUGACCACGUUUUCGGCGGUGGAUCCCGAUCGCUUCAUGCAGCAGGCAGUAAGAUACUCUAAGCUGUCAGAUCCUGCAAACUGGCUGAACAUUAAUGCCACAAAUGGUCAGAUCACUACUGCUGCUGUCCUUGAUCGAGAGUCAGACUACAUUAAGAAUAAUGUCUACGAGGCCACAUUCCUGGCGGCUGACAACGGAAUUCCCCCUGCCAGCGGCACUGGCACUCUGCAGAUCUACCUGAUCGACAUCAACGACAACGCCCCGGAGCUGCUGCCAAAGGAGGCGCAGAUCUGUGAGAAGCCAAACCUCAAUGUCAUCAACAUCACGGCCGCGGACGCUGACAUCGAUCCAAACGUGGGGCCCUUCGUCUUCGAGCUGCCAAGUGUGCCAUCUGCAGUGAGGAAGAACUGGACCAUCACACGGCUCAAUGGGGACUAUGCCCAGCUCAGUUUGCGGAUCAUGUACCUGGAAGCAGGAGUGUACGAUGUGCCCAUCAUCGUGACAGACUCAGGAAACCCCCCCUUGUACAACACCUCUGUCAUCAAGGUGAAGGUGUGCCCGUGUGACGAGAACGGCGACUGCACCACCAUCGGGGCCGUGGCUGCUGCAGGGCUGGGCACAGGGGCCAUCAUUGCCAUCCUGAUCUGCAUCAUCAUCUUACUGACCAUGGUUCUGCUCUUCGUGGUGUGGAUGAAGCGCCGGGAGAAGGAGCGCCACACCAAGCAGCUCCUCAUCGACCCCGAGGACGACGUCAGGGACAACAUCCUCAAGUACGAUGAAGAGGGAGGUGGAGAGGAGGAUCAGGAUUACGAUUUAAGCCAGCUCCAGCAGCCAGAGACCAUGGAUCACGUGCUGAACAAGACACCUGGAGUCAGAAGGGUGGAUGAAAGACCUAUUGGUGCUGAACCACAGUAUCCUAUAAGACCAGUAAUCCCACAUCCAGGGGAUAUUGGUGAUUUUAUUAAUGAGGGCCUGCGUGCAGCAGACAACGACCCCACAGCCCCCCCCUACGACUCCCUGCUCGUCUUUGACUACGAGGGCAGCGGCUCCACCGCCGGCUCCGUCAGCUCCCUCAACUCCUCCAGCUCCGGGGACCAGGACUACGACUACCUGAACGACUGGGGGCCCAGGUUCAAGAAACUGGCGGACAUGUAUGGGGGAGGAGAGGAAGAUUAAACUGACCUCAU